AUGGAAAAGAUUGAUAUGUCACAUAACUCAUUGCCAGACUUUGAGUACAGCCCCAUCCCAACCGUCUCUUCGAAUGGGAACUCCAAUAUACGCGUCUUACAAAUCCUUCCUUCACCUGAUUCUCAUUCAUCUAUUAAUACCACUCUGGUCAAUGCAACGUUGGGAGAAUCGGAGCCAUAUGAAGCAUUAUCAUAUUGUUGGGGUGAUGCCAGUGUCAAGCUUCCAAUCACAGUCAAUGGAAAGAAAUUUGAUGUCACCACCAACCUCUUUGCCGCCAUACAAAAGUUGAGGAAGACGGAUGCCAACAGAAGAAUAUGGAUCGACGCGAUAUGUAUCAAUCAGAACGACAACGACGAGAAGAAUACGCAGGUUCGACUCAUGCGUGAAAUCUAUCAGAAGACUGAAAGAUGUUUGGUCUGGCUUGGAGAGUUUAGGAAUGCCAAACCAGUAACCACUAUGUUUGAUCUGAUACGGAAGGGCAGAGAGUUAAAGAGCGCAUCCGACAUUAAAAACCUGCCACCUAAAGAUAAAUAUCGCUUUUGGGAGAGCCUUGGGCUUCUAGAUAUAGAUGAUUCUGCGUGGGAAACAGUGAAUGACAUCAUGACUGCUCCAUGGUGGAAUAGAGUGUGGGUUAUUCAGGAAAUUACAUUCCCGAAAGAAGUCAUGGUUUUCUGUGGAGAGGAGGAGUGGGACUGGGACGAGAUGGUUGAGCUCGAAAAAUUUGUGAUGGGUUCAAGCAGCUGGGUAUCGUUCGACGAUGGAAAUCUAAAUCUAAAUAUAAACUGGGGUGGAUUGAAGCAGUUAAGUGAUAUGAGGAGCGAAAAAAUUCAACCACUACACAAGCUCUUAUUGGCAUUCAGGGGUCGAGGCGCUACGGAUCCGAGAGACAAUAUAUUUGCACUUUUGAGCAUGGAUUUUGAUCAAGGAGAGAUUACUGUACCCUUGCGCGCAGCAGACCUAUGGGCAAGAUAUAUGGAGAAAUCAUACGAUCUGGACGAAUUCUCCGACAAAUUCUUAAAGACUCCGCUGAAAGAUCUUUCUGAGAAAGAUUAUAGUAUGUCGUUCCGUGUGUUGAAGGCAUUUCUGCGUGCGAAAGAAGCUUAUACGAAGUAUUGUUCUACAUAUGGUAUAAAUUUUGUAUUAGAAGGAAGCGAAUUGAGGAGAGAGCAGGAUUCUUCGCCCCUACUUGAAUCAGUCAACAAUCGUCGCUCACAAGGAAACGACUUAAGGAGAAAGAUGCGUCACUCGGACCCCAUUGACUCAAUUCGACUACCUGGCAAUGGCACUCAAUCGACUCCACAUGAGAGUCCCAGUGAAGGGCAAAGCCUGCUCGCUGACUAUAACAUGGAUAUCGCGAGAGUCUACACCAUGACAAUGCAGAGAUUACUAUAUGAUGGAACUGAUCUGGAUUUGCUCAUAGAGAUUGACCAUUCUCUAACAAACACCUAUGGACUUCCUUCCUGGGUAAUUGAUUGGACCGUAUCCGAUGUAUUGAUCGGGAGAUACGACAUACGUAAUCAAUACUCCGCAACAUGCGACUCGCAACUUAGUGGACCUCCUGAAAUGAGUGGUACUGAAAUCCGGCUUGAGGGAUAUCAAGCCGAAACCAUCCGCCAUAUCUCUCAAUCUCUGCUAAUAUAUGGGUAUGGCGAAGACAUACCUUCCUAUCUCAAGUGGAAGGAAUUUAUCACCGAAAUCCUUGGAGACGUUGUUACUGCAGAGGAGCUCGAAAAGAUCUUUUACGAAACAAUUUUAGGGCGUACUCAGCUGAGCUCAGAUCGAAUAAACAGAUUUGAAAAAGUUAUACAGAUCCUAAUGGAAGCAGAGAGUGAAGAAGAGCGAAAAUUUAUGUCGGGACGAUUGCUGGAAGAGCACAAAUCGGCGACACGAGAUCUAGCGUUCUCCGCCAUGAAUUGCAUGAACAGAGAGAUAAUCGUGACAGAUAAGGGAAAGGUUGGACUAGCACCAGCGACUGCAGCUAUCGGAGACCGCAUUUUCCUGUUUCGAGGCGGAUGCAUGCCAUUUGUGCUCAGGGAAAAAGAGUGGAAAGGGAAAGAACGCGAGGUGGAAAAGGGGCCACCAAAGCAAGUAACAGAACAAGAUUUGAUGUUGGAAGUCAUGAAAACUAUCCUUGAGAUUAAGAAUAUAGAAACGACAUCUCCAGAUGAGAGCUCGGAUGCUAUGCAGAACGAGCAAGAUAAGGCAUCGAAAUGGGAAUUGAUAGGGAAUUGCUACAUAAAUGGAAUGAUGGAUGGUGAGGAAUGGGUAGAAAGUAGAUGCGACGAUGUCACUUUAGUUUAG